AACUUCUGGUUUAAUGCCUAAUAUAUAAUCGACUUCAAUUAACAUUACAGCGCAUUUGGACCCGACAGGUAACUUCGCGAGUCAUCAGUAUAUCCUGUGCUUUAAUGAAGUACAUUGCGUGUAUAUAGAUGCUGCGAUAAUUCAGUUUUAAAUUAAAUAUUGUGCCCGAACUGUGUGCAGUAUGCCUGAUGUGAAAAUCAUAGUUAAGAGUGCCGAACUGAGCCAGGAGCAGAAGAUUAAGUCUCCGUUCGUCACCGUCAGUUUUAAAGGAAGUUCGAAAGAUACAAAAACUUUGAAAGGAGUAUCUCCGGCGUGGAACCAGACGUUAGUGUUUUCCUUGUCUACUACACCGUCCGCAUCGGAGCAAAUUAAAUUUGAAGUUUAUGACGACGACGGGUUUCUCGGAAUCGACAAGUUUUUGGGACGCGCAACUUGCACAUAUAAUGCGCUUAAACUAAGCAAAGAAAAAUCACUAAAUUUAAGGAAUAAAAAGGACGCUGUAAUACCGGGCUGCAGUAUAGUAGUUGGUAUGCCGGAAGAAAAACCCGACGAAGGAGAGAAGAAGGACACCAAAAGAAGGGGAAGCACAUUCGGGUUGUUUGGGAAGAACAAGGAGGAGGGAGCAGGAGAUGACGGUGAUGGUGAUGGUGAAAAUGUUGAUGAGGGAGUAGGGGAUGAGGUGCUUAGUCAAUCUGGUGAUGCUCCAGCAUCCACAUCAGGGGGUGUGAAGAGGACGGACCGAUCUUCAUUAUCCCAGAAAGUUGAAGAUUUUCAAAUCCGUUUAAAAGUAAUUUGUGGUCGACAACUCACUGGUUCCAACAUUAAACCUGUAGUUAAAGUUAAAGUAGGCAAGACACAAGCCAAAAUCACAAGAAUUCGGAAAGGAUCUGCUCCACAAUGGAAUGAAAUGUUGAUGUUUAACUUCAAUGAGUCACUAAGGGAGUUGUAUGAUUAUGUUUUCGAGUUUUCGGUGAACAAUUCAAGAAGAUUACGAUCAGAUGCUCUGAUUGGUUCAUUCAAAUUUGAUGUGGGAAGUAUUUAUGAUCAACCAGGUCAUGCUUUUGUGAGAAAGUGGUUGCUUCUGACUGAUCCAGAUGAUCCUUCAAAUUCACCCAAGGGAUAUCUUAAAAUCACAGUCUGUGUAUUAGGAGCUGGGGAUCAACCACCGGAUGAAAAAUCCGGCAAAGAUAAUGAUGAUGAUGAUGUAGAAGGCAACCUGCUUACACCGGCUGGAGCUUCAUUAAGAGCUGCCAAUUUCACUCUUAGAAUCUAUGGAGCUGAAGACCUACCUCAGAUGGACAGUGCGACAUUAAAAGGAAUGAAGCAAAAAUUGCUCGGUGGGAACGAAGACUUCACAAAAACCCUAGUGGACCCCUUCUUGACUUUCACAUUUGCUGGCAAGAAAAGAAAGACAAAAAUCAUUAAAGAAACCAAUCAUCCUGACUGGAACGAAGAGUUAAAUAUGCCACUUAAGUUUCCUUCUAUGUGUGAUUCUAUCAAACUUACAAUUAAAGAUUGGGAUCGCGUUGGGUGUGAUGAUCCUAUAGGAACAGUGAUCAUUCCUCUUUCUAGAAUAUCGUCCACAGGAGAAGAAGCAAAUGGAGCAGAGGUGGACGAGGAUGACUUUGAAGAUUCUGGAGGUUUUCCUCCCACGUUUGGGCCCUCGUUUGUCAAUUUUUAUGGUUCACCAAGAGAGUUUUCGGAAAUCAGGGAUUCUUUGGAAGAUUUGAACAUAGGAAAGGGAGAAGGUUGUGCAUACAGGGGAAGGGCAAUGGUGGAGCUGGUAACAACAAUGGAUGAAGAAGGUGUGGAACCCCCACCACCCACACAACCAAUAGCAGAUGAACAAGUAGCUAUUGUGCAGAAAUACAUGAGACGACGGCGGUACCGGUUAGUGGUUGGGUUCGAAAGUGCAAGUAUGAUAAGAAAACCAAUGGAAAGAGUAGAAUUUGAAGUUUCAAUGGGAAAUUAUGGAAAUAAAUUUGAUUCAGAUGUUGGUGCUUCUUCUUCCACAACUGAGCCCGGCAAUGCUGUGUUUGAUGGUGUACAGUACCAUUACAUGGCUUGGACAUCUAAGAAACCAAUCUUGAUGGUGACUUCUCAGUGGGAGGAUAUCAGCUUCCGCCUUUAUGCAAUGAACCUUAUCUUAAGAACUUGCGAUCGCAUGGAAACCCAAAUAAACAGACUUAAACUGCUGAUCAAACAAGAUGCUGAUGAAAUUGAAAUCGCUUCUGAGAUUGUUUCUAUUCUUGAUAUGCUAAUAAUGGAAACUUCCAAAAAGUUGCCUGAUCCACGUGGACGUACUGCUUCAAAUCAACUAGAUCGAAGAAUACAUCGUCAGCGUGUUCAGACUUUUAUAACAAUCUGUCAAGAGGCGAAACAUCUUCGUCAGAAUUGUACCGAUGCACAGGAAGCUAUUGCAGCAAUUAAUGAUUUCUUGGAGAGACUGAAUCUUGUGUCCUAUGAGCCUCAAAACAGCUUUCCAGAUGUUGUAAUUUGGAUGAUAAGUGACAAUGAAAGAGUUGCCUAUGCAAGGAUACCUGCAUAUGAAAUAUUAUACGCAUCUGAAAAGCCCGAAUUUUGUGGACGUUACUGUUCUAAGCCGCACACUAUCACAUUAAAGUAUCCAACAGCAAAUGUAAAGAGUAAGAAGCACUACAAAGUUCCGGGCCAGUUGCGUAUCAUAGCUUGGCUGGGAAGGGCAGCUGACCAGGAAAACUUUGAAUUUCACUCCAGAGGACAAAUUUCAGUUUAUGCAGACACGUUUGAAACAGAGACCAAGAUACCUGUAAGAGGCUGGGGUCCAGAUGGGUACACAGACAUUACAGGAGAUAUCCCUCUGGAGAAGUCAGCAUUCAGUUGUCCGCCUGGGUGGGAAUGGGAUGGAGACUGGAAGAUAAAUUCUGAACUUGCUUUACUUUAUGACACCUCUCAAGGACAUAUGCAUGUGCUAGAGGAUGCAUUCGAGUUUCAGUAUCGCUUUCCUGCAGGAGCCUGGGAACCAGAAAAAAUGACAAAUGGUAAAAAUGAGGAUAUACCUCAGUUGUCUUCCAUUACAGUUCCUGAAGGUUGGGAGUGGGAGAGUGAAUGGACUGUGGACACCAACAGAGCAUGUGAUGAAGAUGGGUGGGAGUAUUCUGCCCCUGAUGAUGACACUGCUGGAGAAAUCGCUUGGGGGACAAUAGAAAAGACAUAUCAUACAUCCAGAAGAAGAAGAUUAGUUCGUAAUAGAGUUUGCAUCGACCAAAAAGUAUUUAAAAAAGCAGAGAAAACUGAGGAGUUAUUGGGAGAGGGUUGGGAGUAUGCAACAACUAUGUCAAGUCAAUUCCACAUCAUGCCAAAGAUGUUGGAUCUUGUAAGGAGAAGAAGAUGGGUCAGAAAGAUGAUCACCUCAGAUAUUAGAGGAUCUGCAGCAAUAUUUAAUCUGGAUGUUUCAAUAGUGAGAGUUGACACUUCCAAAUUAGGAAAAGAACCAAUUACCCCUGCACAAGCUCCUCCAAGUCCAACAGGGUUAGAACCUUCAGGUUCACCAACUGAAACAGAUGCUACUUCAGUACAAGAUGAUGAUGAGACGGUUGAUGGAAAAUCUGAAGCUGGAGGCAGCCAAGAAGCAGAUGGAGAGGGGAAAACAGAGGGUGAAGGGGAGAAAACACCAGAAAAGUUAAAGAAAAAGAAGUCCAAAAAGAAGAAAAUAACUUUUGAUCUCUCCCUUAAGUCAGAUCCUGAAAAGAAAAAGUCAAAGAAAAAGAUACCAAAAAUGCCAUCUCCGAAAAUCUAUAUUGUAUAUGAAGAUUUAUCUAAGCUGCAUCUGCGAGCGUACAUAUACCAAGGAAGAGAUUUACUUCCCAUGGACCAGGAUAGCUUUUCAGAUCCUGUGGCCAUGGUGUCUUUUUUAAACCAGACGCGACGAACUGAGGUUUACAAACACAGUCUGAAUCCAAUCUGGGAUCAGACGUUGAUGGUUGACAUUAUGUUUUAUGGUGAUCUAGAGCACCUACAAAGAAACUGUCCAGAUGUUGCAGUAGAGGUGUUUGAUAGAGAUGAUGUGAUAGUUCGCAGUUUAUUUGCACCAUCAACAACAUCUUCAAAGUUAAAAACUGAUAGAACAAAACGUCCAGUUAAUGGUUCACUGGAGUUUAUGGGUAGAACUUCUGGCAAGCCGUUAUUAAAAUUUGAUCCAGAAGAAGAUCAGAUUCCUAAGCUGCAAUGGUAUUCUGUUAAAAAGGCAAAUCAAGCUGGAGGAAGUGUCCUGGCAGCAUUUGAACUAAUUCUUAAACAUGAUCAAAGAAAAAUGCCAUUGCCACCACCAUGUAAAACAGAUGUGCAAGUUCCUAUGGUGCCGUUUGGUAUUCGACCAGUACUACAGAGAACUGCUUUGGAGUUUUUAAUAUGGGGAGUUAGAAAAAUGGAAUCAUUCAAUUUGUUAUCAGUGGAUAGCCCAAGUGUUUUAAUUCAAAUUGGAGAGGUGGAAAUAAGGACAAAAAUCAUAAAAAGUUUAAAGAAAAAUCCCAACUUUUCUGAUCCUAUCUAUUACAUAGAAGCAAAUCUUCCAGUUGAUGACCUUUAUUUCCCACCUAUUGUGAUAAGAGUAAAAGAUAACAGAAAGUUUGGAAGGAGACCAACUGUAGGACAACACAUUAUCACAAACAGCCUUAACUAUCGGAUUAAACCUGGAGCUGAGGAACCACCUCCAGAUGAAGGAUAUGAGGAGACAGAUGCUGCUACUUCUGACAUUGCAAUUGAGAUUGAUCCACCAAGUCCAGGAGGAUUCCAACUGGAUUUCCUAUCUGACUUAACUGGGUCUAAGCCAAAGAAAGCAGUGAUCGUGCCUGGGAUCACCGGUUCUGGGGGCAGCUCAAAGACAAGUGACACAGAGGGUAGGAGCAUACAAUUGGAUAUCAUUCAAGAAGAGGAAGAGAGACAACCACUGUUGUUAUUUCAUGAGCACACUAAGGUCCGAUACACAAGUGGAGAUGACUCUGUACAGAUCAUCGUUGACUCUGAUGAGGAGUCAACGAGUGAGUUUUCUGAAACUUUAAGUAGCGAAAGUGAAGAAGGGCCAGGAGAUAAAGUGAAGUCAUUUGCCCUCUCACUCCGCACUCUCAGGGAUGUAAUUAUUUCAAAGUUCAGAAAACGCCAGGAUGAAAAGAAAAUACGAGAGGAUGAAAUUGAUUGGUGGUCUAAGUAUUAUGCUUCUAUUGGGGAAACAGGAAUGUAUGGGAACUAUGAAGAGAGUGGAUUGGAUUUGAUCAAGGUUUAUAAGAACGAACUUGAAAAACAAGAAAACUUUAAUCACUUCAGCGAUUUCAUCCAAACUUUCCGUUUGUUCCGAGGAAAGGUGGAAGAUGAAGACGAGGAACCCGAGUUUGCUGGAGAGUUUAAAGGAACCUUCAGAAUCUACACUGUACCAGAGGACACAAAAGAAGUACGACCUCCAAGAUUUUUCCAGAACAUUCCACCAACAGAUGCUGUGGAAGUAAAAGUGAGGAUCUAUGUUGUGCGUGCUUCUGAACUAGCACCACAGGAUUCUAAUGGUCUUGCAGACCCUUAUCUGAAGAUCAAAGUGGGUAAGAAACGGAUUUUAGACAGAGAGAACUACAUACCAAACACUCUGGAUCCAACUUUCGGAAGGAUGUUUGAGCUUGACCUGAAGCUGCCAAUGGAAAAAGAUCUUUAUGUUGAAGUGUUUGACUGGGAUCUCAUUGGAACUGAUGACAAAAUUGGAGAAACUAUUAUUGAUCUUGAGAAUCGAUAUCUUAGCAAGUUCAAGGCCUGGUGCGCUUUGCCUGAGACCUAUUGUAUAUCUGGUCCAUGUCCAUGGAGAGACCAAAUGAAACCGAAAGAGUGGCUUGAGCAAAAGUGCAGAGAACAAAAGUGGGACGAGCCAGUGUGGAACAGCAACACAUGUGUAAUGGUGGCGGGGAAGACAUAUAAACUGGAUGAUUAUGAGAAGGACAUGAAACCCUGUGAACACUUGGGGCCAGCAGAUGAGAGACUUGCCUUACAUAUUCUCCGUACGUUCCCUCAUGUACCAGAACAUGUUGAAACAAGACCUCUAUUCUAUGAUGUUUUACCAAACAUUGAACAGGGUCGUUUGCAAAUGUGGGUUGACAUGUUUCCGAAAGAAUUCGGCGAUCCUGGACUGCCUUACAACAUUGAGCCGAGAAAACCUUCAAAAUACUUUCUGCGUAUGGUGGUUUGGAAUUGCAGUGAGAUUCCUAUGAUGGAUGUGUCAAUGCUGGGAGACCAGAUGUCUGAUAUUUAUUUUAAAGGGUGGCUAAGUGGACUGGAACAUAAGCGACAAAAAACGGAUGUACAUUACAGGUCUUUAGAUGGCACUGGCAACUUUAACUGGCGGUUUGUCUUCCCAUUUGAUUACUUACCACAAGAGAGAAUGGUCCAUGUUGCAAAGAAGGAACACUUGUGGAGCUUGGAUAAGACUGUUACUAAGUUCCCACCUGUUUUAAACAUUCAAGUGUGGGAUAAUGAUUUGAUCGGAGCCAACGAAUACAUCAGUGAAAUUGUCCUUCCAAUUACCAACAUGCCCAAGUGCUGCAAGUUCCAGAGAUUCUGUACACUGGAGAAUGUACCAGAUAUGCAGGGGAACUGUAAGAACGAAAUGCUCAAUCUGUUUGAUCAGAAAAUGGCCUUAAAGGGAUGGUGGCCACUGUACAGGGUGGUUGAUGGGGUCAGAGAGCAAGCAGGAAAACUUGAAAUGUCUGUUGAAAUCUUAUCAGCAGAGGAAGAAGAGGCGAAACCAGCAGGCCAGGGAAGAGAUGAACCAAAUAUGAAUCCAAAACUAGAGAAACCAAAUCGACCUGCCACCAGUUUUGCAUGGUUCAGUUCACCAUUCAAGUCGCUGCGUUACAUCAUAUGGAGAAAGUAUAAGUGGGUCAUCCUUGGUGUACUCGGAGUGCUUUUAUUAGUAGCAUUCAUUGUCCUCUUUUUCUACUCAUUCCCGGGUGCGGUAGUCAAAGCAAUCGUUUAGCAAACCAUUGCAAAUCUUCUCUGAAGAGGUGGGUAAACUGUUUUUCCCCGUGCAACAACCAACUGCUUGACAGCACAAACAAUGAGGUGGAAAUAUACACAAUAUAAGACACAACAACACAUGGUGCAAAUAUGAUCUUACAAUAUUUGUUCCACAAUACUUUUACCCAUUUUAUCGCGCUGUUACCUUCAUUGUUUUUUCGGGUCUUUAACUAUGGUACUUGUCUGAAGUCCGUUUUUUAAACGCACCAAGUGUAGUAUUACGUGAACUGUCGUGAAUAUUUAUACCCAAGGCCAUGAAAAAGUUUAACGCCAAGAUCUAUACGCCAAAUCUGAGACAAAAUGCAAGGAAAUUGUUGCGUAGCACUAUAUAAACUGUACAUGUUUUUACCGUGUUUACCUGUUAACGUUUCAUGCGAUACGAACUUGCACAAACAAUAUGUAUAUUGCUCUCUGUUAAACCACGUAAUGAUAGCGAAUAGUGCUCGAGUAUCAAAAUAUAUACGUGCGACGUUCCGUACAUAAUUGAAACAACAGCUAUUUUUUGUAAGAGAAUUAAAACAGCAAAUACGGCCUAUCUAACGGUACCUGUUUGAGAUGCUUCGUCACACAGAGCUUCAUUGUCUCUUAUUGUUGUUUUCGUUAUUGGGGUGCACGUUCCAUUUGGCACAAAAUCUAAAAUGAAUUAAAAAGGAAUUAGUAACCGUG